UCUCCUCUGUAAAAGCAUGGCUCUGAGAGAUAACAUGUAAACAUAGGCGACAGAGUUGUGUAAAACAUAGCAUAGAAGAAAAAAAAAGUGUGGAAUUGUACGAUAGUGUCACUUUUCGAAUCAGGAUCGCGUCAUAUUGUUAGGAAAUAGAUACUUCUUGAGUUGUCAUUCCCUGAGAAACAGAAUAUUGCCGGUGUCUUUUUUUUUCAAGGCGGGGAAGCUGGCCGCGAUAUGCCGCGUAAUAUGCAGAUUCCGCGCAGAGGUUACAAAGAGGCAGCGUGACCCUGGCUCAAAACCCCAGCUUGACAAUGACAUUGUCAGUUAUAUACUCAAAGGACGUUUGCGAAAUUUUACAUUAGUCUGUACAGCUGUGCUCUUUAAGGUUUAGAAAGUGAUAUCAGUAACGUUACAUUUCAUUUGUGGGGGUUGACCAGCACAGUUCACGCUUUGUUAAACUUUGACCUGUCACGUGAUUUCCCUUUAGAUCCAAAGCAAAAAGAAAAUAAAAAAAACCAAAACAAAAUGACAUUUUUGAAACUUUUCGGUCGGAUUAAACCUGUGGUUAUUGGUAUGAUACAUGUGAAGGCUUUACCAGGUACUCCUCUGAAUAAACUUUCGGCUUCCGAAAUCAUAGAAGAGGCUUGUCGAGAAGCAAAAAUAUACAGUAAUGCUGGAGUUGAUGGUGUAAUUGUUGAAAACAUGCAUGAUCUUCCAUAUACAACAUCACCUGGUCCUGAAGUCACAGCCACCAUGACAGCAGUGUGUGCUGCAGUGAGACAGACAUGUCCAUCCUUCCCCAUUGGAGUCCAGAUUCUGUCUGCCGCUAAUCAGCCAUGUUUAGCUGUUGCGCUUGCUUCUGGAUUAGAUUUUAUACGAGCUGAAGGUUUUGUAUUCUCCCAUGUUGCUGAUGAAGGUCUUUUAAAUGCCUGUGCUGGUGAACUUUUAAGAUACCGCAAGCAAAUAGGAGCUGAACACAUACAGAUAUUUACUGACAUUAAAAAAAAGCACAGUUCCCAUGCAGUGACUUCUGAUAUUGGGGUGUCUGAUACAGCAAAGGCUGCAGAGUUUUUCCUCUCAGAUGGAAUUAUUCUCACAGGAACUGCUACUGGCAUGCCAGCCAAUCCAAAAGAGUUGAAAGAAGUCAGACAAACGGUACAGAUUCCUGUUCUGAUUGGUUCAGGAGUGACCUAUGAGAAUGUGGAAAACUUCAUGGAUUCAAGUGGAGUAAUAGUUGGCUCGCAUUUCAAGGAAGGGGGUCACUGGGAAAACAGUGUUGAUCCACAACGUGUUGAGAAGUUUAUGGAAAAGAUGAUUAAACUCAGAGCAUGAAUUACUGAGAGAACUUAACUUCUUGCAAAAUUACAAUCAUAAAUAUUAGUAUGUUAGUAAUUGAAGUAUUAUUUUCAGGCAUAUUAAUUCAGUACACUUUUUAAUGAGAAAAAAUAUACACAUAGUUUCAUGAUAAUAUCUGCCUGUUGUCUGUAAUUUCAUGUAACUGUAAUUCUUUUUAUUUAUAAUAGAGUCCCAGCAGAGCAGAGCACAAUAGGAACACAAAUGUUUGAACUUCUUCCUCAAAUGUGGCAUUAAAGCUGUUUAAAGUCUA